AUGCUUAUGGAGACGAUACCGCCAUCGGAGAAUUGUAGUGUUAAGGUUGCGCUUCAUAUACGACCGCUUAUUGCCGACGAGCGUAUUCAUGGUUGUAAAGAAUGUGUUUCUGUUAUUCCUCGACUACCUCAGGUACAAAUUGGCACCCAUUCGUUUACAUUUGAUCAUGUCUAUGGAAAUGGUGGUUCACCUUCUUCUGCCAUGUUUGAACAAUGUGUUGCUCCACUUGUUGAUGGAUUGUUCCAAGGAUACAACGCCACUGUUCUUGCGUAUGGUCAGACAGGAUCAGGGAAAACAUAUACCAUGGGAACUGGCCGCAAAGAUGGUUGCCAGACCGGGCUGAUUCCUCGAGUUAUGGAUGCAUUAUUCAACAAGAUUGAAACACUGAAGCAUCAAACGGAAUUCCAUUUGCACGUGUCCUUCAUGGAGAUUUUAAAGGAAGAAGUGAGGGACUUGUUGGAUUCUGUAUCUGAGAGUAAAUCAGUGGCUGCUAAUGGAUAUGCUGGGAAAAUUGCAGUUCCUGGGAAGCCUCAAAUUCAAAUUCGUGAAGCAUCUAAUGGAGUUAUAACGCUAGCAGGAUCAACUGAAGUAGCUGUCAGUACAUUGAAAGAAAUGGCUGCAUGCUUGGAGCAAGGAUCAUUAAGUAGGGCAACAGGAAGUACAAAUAUGAACAACCAGUCCAGUCGGUCGCAUGCCAUAUUCACGAUCACAUUAGAACAGAUGCGCAAACUCCAUUCAGUUUCUCCUGUUAAUGACACUCCAGAUGAGGAUAUGGGCGAAGAGUAUUUCUGUGCAAAGCUCCAUUUGGUAGAUCUAGCUGGAUCUGAACGAGCAAAAAGAACUGGUGCUGAUGGUCUUCGUUUGAAAGAAGGUAUUCACAUUAACAAGGGGCUUCUCGCACUUGGCAAUGUCAUCAGUGCUCUGGGGGAUGAGAAAAAGCGAAAAGAAGGCAUGCAUGUUCCCUACCGAGACAGUAAACUGACCCGACUCUUACAGGAUUCACUUGGUGGAAACAGCAAGACUCUUAUGAUAGCUUGCAUCAGUCCUGCUGACAUCAAUGCUGAGGAAACUCUCAACACUCUCAAAUAUGCAAACCGUGCUCGUAAUAUUCAAAAUAAGCCUGUUAUUGUAAAACUUGACCAGGUCUUAACUGCCACCUAUCAUGGUGCAAUGAAAUCUCUGUUUGUUGCACAGGCUAAUAGAGAUUUAAUAUCAAAUGAGAUGCAACAGAUGCGCCAACAGCUAAGGUACUUGCAGACAGAACUUUGUGCUCGUGGGGUUGGAGCUACCUCAGAUGAAGUACAGGUUCUCAGGGAAAGGAUUGCUUGGCUUGAGGCUACCAAUGAUGACCUUUCUCGAAAACUUCAUGAAUACCGGAGUCGAUGUGCUAUUACAGAGCAGUGUGAAAUUGAUGCUUUUGAAGGGCAUUUCUCUUCUGCAAAAAGUGAUGGACUUAAGAGGAACUUUCAGAGUAUGGACUCGUCUGAGUACCAUAUGGAUGAAGCCAUAUCAGGUGAUAGCUCUGGGGAAAUUGAUGAAGUAACAAAAGAAUGGGAGCAUGCACUUAUACAAAGUACCAUGGACAAAGAAUUGAAUGAGCUGAGCAAACGUUUGGAGAAAAAAGAGUUUGAGAUGAAAUUUUUUGGAGGGGUUGACACUGAAGCUCUGAAGCAACAGUUUAGGAGGAAGAUCACGGAACUUGAGGAAGAGAAAAGAACUGUGCAGAAAGAGAGGGACCGUUUAUUAGUCGAAAUUGAGAACCUUGCUGCCAAUUCUGAUGGACAAACACAGAAAACACAAGAUAUUCAUUCUCAGAAAUUAAAAGCACUUGAGGCACAGAUUUUAGAUCUUAAAAAGAAACAAGAAAGCCACUAUGAGCUUUUGAAGCAAAAACAAAGAAGUGAUGAAGCAGCAAAGAGAUUGCAAGCUGAAAUACAAUAUAUCAAGACUCAAAAGGUUCAGUUGCAGCAUAAGAUAAAACAAGAAGCAGAACAGUUUCGACAAUGGAAGGCCACUCGAGAGAAGGAAUUGCUGCAGCUAAGAAAGGAGGGCAGGAGAAAUGAGUAUGAGCGACAUAAGCUUGAAGCCCUGCAUCAACGUCAGAAAAUGGUUCUUCAAAGGAAGACAGAGGAGGCAGCAAUGGCUAGCAAAAGGCUAAAGGACUUGUUGGAAGCCCGCAAAUCUUCACCACGUGAGAGCUCAGUUAAUUCCAAUGGACAUGCAUCGCCUGGGCAGGGCAAUGAAAAAUCCUUACAAAGAUGGCUUGAUCAUGAGCUUGAAGUGACGGUGAAAGUGCAUGAAGUUCGUCUUCAACAUGAGAAGCAAAAACAGGAACAUGCUGCACUAGCGGAGGAGUUAGCCUUGUUGAAACAAGUGGAUCAGCUUUCUCCAAAUGGGGGUGGUAGUUCACUGGAAGGAAAGAAUGGACAAAGACAUACUCGAUUGUUGUUGAUGUCACCAAAUGCUAGAAUGGCUAGAAUAGCUUCUCUGGAGAACAUGCUGAGAGAAUCUUUAAGUGCACUAGCAACAAUGGCUUCACAGCUUUCAGAAGCAGGAGAGAGGGAGCGUGCCUUUAUUGGUCGUGGACAUUGGAACCAAAUACGCUCAAUGGGAGAAGCUAAGAACCUGCUUCAGUAUAUGUUUAAUGCUGCCGCAGAUGCAAGGUGCCGAUUGUGGGAAAAAGAUAUGGAAAUCAAGGACACUAAAGAUCAAUUGAAUGAUCUUGUGAUCCUACUACAACAAAGUGAGAUCCAGAGGAAAGAACUAUUGAAGGAGCAAAACAUGAGGGAACAAGCUGUUGCUAUUGCCUUAGCAACAUCAUCUUCGGAUAGCUCGCGCAGUUCAUCAAAGCAUUAUGAGGAUGACAUGAGCGGUCCUUUAUCUCCAAUGUCGCUUCCAGCGCCGAAGCAACUCAAAUUUACACCUGGCAUUGUUAAUGGGUCUGCUAGAGAGUCGGUGGCAUUUCUAGACAAAACGGGAAAGGCAAUAUAUGCUCUGAGUGCAGAUAGUACCGGUUGGGCAUUUAUCAAUGAAGAAACUGGCAGCUUUAGGGCAAACUGGAAAACUCUGGCGGUGGAAAAGGAGUCAUCAUCAGUGGUUGCUUCAGUUCAAAUGGAAGUGGCAGAAACCAUGGAAGCUCUCAGAUCAUCUUUUAACUACCUGGAUAUUGGUGUGGGCAACUUGAGUUCCAGUAACUUUCUGAAUGCUCUUAUGCUUAAACUGGCUCCUCAGAUAUCUGUUAUUCUCUAUGCCAAGGAAGCAAACCCUUACCAUCUAGAGUGA